UGAUCUGUCAGCCCAAUGGGCGCUGCAGAGGGCCUGUCCACGUGGAGGAAGUGCGGGGACGGCACUGGGCGUUGUUCUGGCCUGACGAGAGUAUUGGAGUGCUGGGUUGUCCGGUGUCGUGGCGCCAUUAUUGUCUUCCUAAAGAUAAUCUGUAAAGCACUUCCCCGGUACCAUCAGCGACGAGGACGAGGAGGUGGGAUACUUUUCCUAAUCAUGCCUAAGGAACCAGUUUUUGAGUUGUCUGAAGCAGAAGAUUCUGGUAAAUCUCUUCUUGGGCAUGUAAUGAUUGUUGACGAGAUGUGUGUUACUCACCUGGGCCUGACCAAUGGAUUCCAGAUGGUUGUGGAUGAAGGGCCCGAGGGUGGGCAGUCUGUCUAUCGCAUACAUCUACCCGUUCUGGGUGGCCAUCAGUUGGGCUGGCCACCUGGCUAAGAUUUUGGCACCACAAGAGUUGCUGCAAGUGUACAAAUUGCCACUGAAUGGAUUUCGUCUCUUGCCCGUCAAUCUAGCCGCUGUUGAUGUUUAAUUCUUUGUGCCAUGUGUCUGUGGAAUAAAAGCUUUGAGCAGCAGUUGCACAAUAAAGAUUUGUCAUGGGGAUAUCA